UUGCGUGUGCUGUGUUGUCGUUGAUUGAACCUGUGCUAUGUCUGCCGAAUUGAUCACUGAGUUAAAAAAGCUUACAAGCUUGGAACGCGCUGCUACGGAGUUGCAUGAUGCAAUACAAUGUUCAAAACAGAAGCAGUUAGUGUCGCUUAGAGAACAGAACACUGAUCUGAUCAAGCUACAACUUGUAAACACGAAACUUAAACAGCGUUUAGCUAUUAUCAAGCAAUCAAUAGUUGAGGAGAAUAAAACAAAUCCUGAAAUGCAUUUAGAUGAUGAGCUCUCUAUUACGGAGCACUUGGAAAAAGUCUUUACAAAAGCAAUUGCCACCGCGUAUCCGAGCUUUAGCAAUGUUCCAGUUGUUGUUGCAGCUGUGAACGGGCCAUCGAAAUUUGGCGAUUACCAAUGCAACAACGCCAUGGGGUUAGUCAAGAAACUGAAAGAAGCUGGCAUUAAUAAAUCCCCUCGUGAGAUUGCAGCAGAGAUUCAAAAGUGCUGUCCGGAUUCACCAAUUAUAAAGAAAAUCGAAGUGGCCGGUGCUGGUUUCAUUAACGUUUUUCUCAGCAAGGAAUAUGCGGUAAAUUCAAUAAUAAAUAUGCUGCGUGAUGGCGUUAAGCCGCCAAGGGUGCCCAGAAAACGCGUCUUGGUCGAUUUUUCAUCACCCAACAUUGCAAAGCAAAUGCACGUCGGCCAUUUACGUUCUACCAUAAUUGGCGAAUCAAUUUCCCGCCUUCUGGAAUUUAUGCAACAUGACGUUAUUCGGAUAAAUCACUUAGGUGACUGGGGUACGCAAUUUGGUAUGCUAAUAGCGCAUUUGGAAGAUUGUUUUCCCAACUUUGUAAACGAAAGUCCACCAAUUGGAGAUCUGCAGGAAUUUUACAAGGAAUCUAAAAAGCGUUUCGAUGCUGAUGACAAUUUCAAAAAGCGUGCAUACAAUCGGGUUGUUUCUCUACAAAGCGGUGAUCCAAAAUCAACUAAAGCUUGGCAACUUAUUUGUGACGUAUCGCGAAAGGAAUUUCAGAAGAUUUAUGAUCGCUUGGACGUGACAAUCACAGAACGCGGCGAAUCAUUUUAUCAGUCACGCAUGUUGGCUAUUGUUGAGCUUCUACGAAGCAAGAAUUUGCUCGAACUAGAUGAAGGCCGGGAAAUCAUGUGGACCGAUGAUAGUAAGAGUGGAAUACCCUUGACAGUUGUAAAGUCGGAUGGUGGUUUUACAUACGAUACUUCUGAUAUGGCAGCCAUAAGGCAUCGAAUUGAAGAAGACCUUGCUAUUUGGAUUAUUUAUGUGGUGGAUUCUGGACAAAGCACACAUUUUAAUACAAUUUUUAAAGCCGCUGAGCGUUGUGGGAUUUUAAAUCCAAACGUUCAUCGCGUCGAUCACGUGCAGUUCGGCGUGGUUCUUGGUGAGGAUGGCAAAAAGUUUAAGACACGUUCGGGUGAUACUGUUAAACUGUCCGACUUGCUUGAUGAGGGCAUGAAAUAUUCCUUGAAGCAGUUACAGGAAAGAGGUCGGGACCAAAUAUUGACACAUACAGAAUUAGUCGAAGCUCAAGAAGCAGUUGCAUACGGUUGUAUUAAGUAUACCGAUUUGUGUCACAACCGUAUUAGCGAUUAUGUAUUUUCUUUUGAAAAAAUGCUCGAUGAUCGUGGAAAUACUGCGGUGUAUUUGCUAUAUACAUAUACACGCAUUUGCUCCAUUGCUCGCAAUUCCGGCGAGGACUUUAGCAAUGUGGCUGCAAUAUUAGAUAAAUAUAACUUGGAACUGGAUCAUGAAAAAGAAUGGAAACUUGCAAAAACACUGCUCAAAUUUCAUGACGUAUUAAUUAAGUGUGCAAAUGGGCUGUUUCUCCACUUUCUUUGUGAGUUUUGUUACGAGGUCUGUUCUGCAUUUACAGAGUUCUAUGACAGUUGUUAUUGCAUUGAAAAGAAUAAGGAUGGUAAAAUAAUCAAAAUUAAUCAUAGCAGAAUUUUGAUUUGCGAGGCAACGGCUGCCCUGUUGCGAACAUGUUUUAAAAUCUUGGGCUUAAAAACCGUUGCUAAAAUGUAAAAAGAAAUAAAUUACGAUAUAAAGCUUAUAAGAACAUGUAUAAAAUGUGUAAAAAUAAAAAUACAAAAAUGUUCUGAUAAAAUAAGAAUUUUAAAAUAAAAAAAAGUGUGAUUAUACACACCAAUUUUCUAAAAUUAUGAAAA